AUGUUGCCAGUGAAAGUACUAACCAUGGCGACGGCGGCACACGGCGCGCUUGGCAACCGCAAUACGAAGUGUCUCUGUCUCUUUGUGUACACACAAGUUGUUCUGUUUGCAAGUCGCUUCGCUUCGCUUCGCUUCGUUUCGUUUGUUUUUUUUUCGAGUGCACGAGGCGAGUGUUCAAGUGGGCGAUCAAGAGACAGCCUCACGAUUAACGCCAUCUAUUUGUAUCGCCAGCUGCUGUCCGCGCUCGCGCCGCUGGCAACGAAUGCUGCACUGCAGCUCAAUGCCAGCUAUGCUGCCGGCGAGCUCUACGGGAGUGGCGAUGGCAUCAACGGCAGCGAUCUCUACAUUUACUACGGCAACGAGCUCGACUCAACGGACAACGAUGCCUCAUUCGCAUCCGCAUCCGCAUCAGCAUCCGCAUCGCCAUCACCCACAUCACCAGCUGCACUGCAGCUAAGCACCAUCGCCAGCUAUGUGGCAACGACGACAGAAGGAUCGGGAUCGGGAUCGCGAUCGAGAGUGGCAACUGGCAUGAUAGCGACGCCAACGAAUCGCAGCGUAUCGCGUGUGAUUGCCGAUGUACCCAUCUGGGUGAUACCCUGCUAUAGCAUCAUCCUGCUCUGCGCUGUCGUCGGCAAUCUGCUGGUGGUGCUCACUCUCGUCCAGAAUCGCCGCAUGCGCACCAUCACCAAUGUCUUUCUACUCAAUCUGGCCAUCUCGGAUAUACUGCUCGGUGUCCUUUGCAUGCCCGUCACUUUGGUUGGCACGCUGCUGCGCAACUUCAUCUUUGGCGAGUUCCUCUGCAAGCUCAUCCAGUUCGCUCAAGCUGCAUCGGUGGCCGUCUCCUCGUGGACACUGGUGGCCAUCUCAUGCGAACGCUACUAUGCCAUCUGUCAUCCGUUGCGAUCGCGCACCUGGCAGACAAUCAACCAUGCCAACAAGAUCAUCGCGUUCAUUUGGCUGGGCAGCUUGCUUUGCAUGACGCCGAUCGCGAUCUUCAGCCAGCUGAUGCCAACGAGUCGUCAAGGUUUGCGCAAGUGUCGCGAGCAAUGGCCGGCAGGAUCUGUCGGCUAUGAGUUGUCGUAUAAUAUCUUCUUGGACUUGGCAUUGCUUGUGUUGCCGUUGCUGGCGCUGAGCUUUGCGUAUCUGUUCAUCACACGCACUCUGUAUGUGAGCAUGCGCAACGAGCGUGCCAUGAACUUUGGCAGCAGUGGCCCAGACGUGGGGCUCACCACGAACAGCGGCGGCAGCAGCAACAACAACGGCUGCAGCAAUGCAAUGCAGUCGCGUCGCUCCUAUGGCAACUCGAGUCAAAUGCAUCGCAUGCAAUUGAGGCAGGGCGUCGUCGAUGCGAUGGCUAUCGACAGCAGCGCCCAGUUGGAUGUGUUGCUGCAACAGCAGCAGCAGCAGCAGCAGCAACAAUUUGGGGCACCGCAAUACUAUUAUGCUGAUGGCUACUCACAUGGCGGCAGCAAGCGGCGCUUGUUUGGUUCCUGCGAUGGACGUCGACAUCUUUAUUGCAUGCGCAGUGCGUCAGUCAAAUCACUGCGACACCAACAACAGCAACAGCAACAGCAACAACAACAGCAGCUGAUUGGAGCAGGAGAUUGUUGCGGGCGAGUGCAGCGAAUGCGACAUCAGCAGCAGCAGCAGCAACAGCUAUACAUGAGUGUGGCAAAUGAGGGGGAACGACGCAAGUCACUGUCCACGCCCAGUUUACGCAUCACAGAGGCGACACUUCGCAGCAUUGUGCCACGCAGGUCGAAUGAGAGCAAGAGUCUGGAGAGCAAGAAGCGUGUGGUGAAGAUGCUGUUUGUGCUUGUGCUGGAGUUCUUCAUCUGCUGGACACCGCUGUAUGUGAUCAACACGAUGACAAUGCUGAUUGGACCCGUGGUAUACGAGUAUGUCGACUACACGGCCAUCAGUUUCCUGCAGCUGCUGGCCUAUUCCUCCAGUUGCUGCAAUCCCAUCACCUAUUGCUUCAUGAAUGCCAGUUUUCGACGCGCCUUUGUCGACACCUUCAAGGGACUGCGAUUGUGCGAUGGAGGACGCUUUCGCUUCUGCCGGCGACGCUCCAAAAACGACACGAAUCUCUCGGUGGCGGGCAACUCGAUUGCCUUGGCCAAUUCAGUAAUGUCCAGCCAUACGAUCCUGGAGAGUCCGCGUCUCUGAGCCAGCCGACGGCAGCAUUCAAAGUCUCGUACAUUGACACGAAUGCAGACGGAUAGAGAUAGAGAGAAAGAGAGGGGGGAGAAUGGGAAGGAGGGUCGGGCGAUUGGUCAAAUGGAGACAGAGUCGCUAUAAAUUAUGAAUUGGGAAUUGGGAAUUGGGACGGGGGGGAAGCUGUGAUGUGCAAGAAACUGAAACUGUGGUUGUCAACGAUUCUACUCGAAGUAAGUUGCGUGUUUGCUAUGAAUAUACUCUCAUCAUCUACAUCUACUACUACUCAUCUCGUCAUCAUCAUCAGUGGAUAUUCGUAGGGUUUCUUAAGCAGUAGAAAUACGAAUUCAAAUUUCAAUAUGAAUACUCAAACUUUUUUGAACUGUUACUAAUAAUUAUGUAUAAAUACUAAUUGCAAAUCGAAUUCUGAUUGUUAAACGUCAAUGUGAAUUGUUUGACUUGUCCUCGACAGGCUGCGUUUCAAUGUUUACAAUAUGUAUAAAUACAACAAAUACAAAUAUAAAUGUAAUGAAAUGUUUUUUACUUACACACACAAUACUCUAUAUACAUAAAUAUGUGCAAGCAAUCAUGCAAAAAUGAAAAACCUCAACUAAUAUUCACUUUUUACAAACACACACACGCAUCAAAUGAUGGGAUGGCAAAUUAAAAGAAUACAUUAAUUUGUAUACAAAUGCAUUUCUAGACUCGAAAAUACUCUCUAAUCUGUAAUCUGCAAUCUGGCAUCUGGAAUCCGUUUCACCUUCGAGUACAACACUCAAUGAACCACAAAGCCAAUGACACAAAAUACACAAAAAGUAUAUAAAGAAAAACGUUUCACAAAUCAAGUAUUACAUGUUAUAAAUGUAUUUUAAAUUAAGUUAAGAAAGCCAAAGGCCGAUAUAACUCUAAAACUACAAACUAAAGUAUUUGCUCUGAAAAACGCAUACAAAUUUUACAAAAAACUUUUCAAUUCUCUUCAUCGGAUUUAUGUUUUGAAUUUCUAACAUAUUUCUGAGCUUACCACAAAAUACUCGUACAAGAAAAUAAAACAAAGGCGUGUUUUUAGUACCGUCCGUAAGUCUAGCUGUCUACAUUAGAAACUUAGAUGAUGCAUUUUGUCAAAAACCUACUCGAACUUAGCAUAUUUGCAAAACUAAAAACUACUAAGUACUAAAUAUGUAUUACGACUAUUAUUCCUAAUGUUUUCGGUUCGAUUUUCGAAAGUAGCAAAUCGUAAUAUACAUAAACUUUUGAUGCAGCCCUCGCGUACUUACACCAAAAGAAAAACCAAACAGUUCUUAAAUAAAUGAGAUUUUUAAUCAAGAGAUAAAAUAGAAAUAAUUGUAGUUAAAUUCGCAUAUAAGAAAUAUACAUGACUCAUGUUUGAGCUUGCUCGCAAAUCGUACUAAUAAAUGUUACCACAGUACACACACACACAUUCUAUACACAUACACACACACUCAUUCGUAUGUGUGUAC